UAAUCACUCUGUAAAUAAAAAUAUAACCACUCUCAUUUCUCUUCCUCUCUAUAAAAUGAGCUACCAAUUCUAGAGGGAUUCAUUCACCUUCUUAACACCAUCUAUAAGUGAACUAGAAAUGCAAAGCACCAGGAGAAAAAAAUGGCAGAGCCAGCGACUAAUCCAGUGACGAAGGCCGAGGUUAAGGUAGAGAGACUGAGGCUGAGGUAGAGGGAGUGAUGACUAAGGCAGAGACUGAGGCUAAGACAGAGACAACUAAGCCAGAGAAUGAGGCUGAGACUAAGGCAGCAUCGAUGAUUGGAGAGCUUGAGAUAGAUAUUGAGAUAAAAUCUACGGCUGAGCAGUUCCACCAUAUGUUUGUCAAAAGACCGCACCAUGUGCCCAAAGCCACUGGCUUCAUUGGGGGAGUUGAGCUGCACGAGGGAGAGUGGGACAAAGUUGGUAGUAUAGUCUCGUGGAACUACAUUCAUGAUGGAGUACCAAAAGUAAAGGACAGGAUCGAAGCGUUGGAUCCUGAUACAUGAUUACGGUUAAAGAAGUGUCUAAGGCAGGCCCGCACAGCUGUGGUCCAGUGGUAAGGAAGAAUUGGGGAAAUGUUGGAAGGAACUAACCCAGGUUCGAUUGACCCUGGAAACAAAAAUCAUAGUUGUGUGGAAAGUCUGUCAGUUGGGCUUUGGCCCAAUUGGUUUACAUGGUAAUCAGAAAUACAUGCGGUCUGAUUACCCCUUGGCAUUAAUCGGAAAGCAUUCCAAACUCGGGACAGAUAGUGUGGUGGCCCUUCAGGAAGAAGUCCACUCUGAAGCACUUCGGUGCGUUUCUACCGAGGCUGACCGGAUCAGCCGAUAGGAUUUAUCAAAAAAAAAGAAGUGUCUACGGCAGGAGAAGAUUCUUAUUAUUAGAUUAUUAUGUUCCUUUCAUAAUUAGAUUAAGGUUUUGGAAUCUUUACUUAUUUGUUUUAUAAGUUAGGUCGGUUGUAAUGGGUCUAUAAAAGGAUCCUCACAUCAUCAUUAAUAAACAAGUCCCAAGAAUUAACCUUAAUCUCUAAAAGAGAAUUAGGGUUGAGAGGGAGCUAAGCUUUCAUAUCU